AUGACUCUCAGAGAAGCACCAAUGGCCUGCAGCUUAGGCGUGGUGAUGAGUGCCUUGUUUUGGUCUGUAGCCAUUGUAUAUUUGACUCAUAUUGGCAAAGUCAGUGGAGACUGCUGGUUGAUUGAGGGUGAAAAGGGCUUUGUAUGGCUUGCAAUUUGUAGCCAAAACCAACCACCUUAUGAGGCCAUCCCACAGCAUAUCAACAGCACCAUUGUGGACCUUCGUUUGAAUGAAAACAAAAUCAAAAGUAUCCAUUAUUCUGCUCUUAGUCGCUUUGCCAACUUGACCUACCUGAACCUGACGAAGAAUGACAUCUCCUACAUCGAGGACGGGGCCUUUUCUGCUCAGUUUAACUUACAAGUCCUUCAAAUGGGCUUUAACAAGUUGCGGAACCUGGCAGAAGGAAUCCUCAGGGGUUUAGGAAAGCUGCAAUACCUCUACCUCCAGGCAAACCUGAUAGAGACUGUGACACCCAAUGCCUUUUGGGAAUGCCCCAACAUAGAGAACAUUGACCUGUCCAUGAACCGAAUCCAACAGUUAGACGGGUCCACGUUUACCAGUCUGACUAAACUGACCACCUGCGAGCUGUACACCAAUCCUUUCAACUGCUCAUGUGAAUUACUUGGUUUUGUCAAAUGGCUCUCAGUUUUCCCAAACAGGACGAACGAGCGGAUGGUCUGCGACUCCCCACCUGGCAUCUCCGGUUUUAGUUUACUGAGUCAGAAUCCGAACAAUCCAACAUAUCGAAAUGCACUCCACAUGCUCAAAACUGUGUGCACGGAUGACUAUGUGACACCAUUUAUUGCUUUGCCCACCGAGUCUUCAACACCCCCACCAGACUCAACACUCUGUGGGGGUGUUGAAGACUGUCCAUCAGGCACGGAACCAGAUGACAUUACCAUCAGUGCAACUUACAGCACAGUGGAAGUAACCCCUUUGAUGAAAGUGAAGCAAGUUACGAAUACAGGUGCCACCAUCACAGUUCAGAUCCCUCAUCCUUACAAAAAGAUGUACAUCCUGGUUCUGUACAACAACAGCUUCUUCACAGAUAUUCGAAAUCUCAAAGAUAUAAAGGAGGAUAUCGAACUCAAGAACCUUAAACCCCACACUAACUACACAUACUGUGUGGCUUCAAUACGAAACUCUCUUAGACGCAAUCACACUUGUCUGACUGUCACUACAGGCCCUCGGAUUGAGAAGGACAGAGCUGUAAACAAUGCAACUGCUACUCAUUAUAUUAUGACAAUUUUAGGCUGCCUCUUUAGCAUGGUCAUUUUUCUUGGGGUGGUCUACUAUUGCUUGCGAAGAAAGCGUCAGCAAGAUGAAAAGCACAAAAAAGCAGGUACCCUGAAGAAAAAUAUAAUGGAGCUUAAGUAUGGACAAGAACUGGAAGGGGGGACUAUUUCUCGAAUGUCACAGAAGCAGUUGUUGGCUGGGGAGAGCAUGGCGCGUAUGCCAUACUUACCAUCUGCUGCUGAGAUAGAGCAGUACAAAUUUCAAGAGAUUAGUGAUACUCCUAAAAUGAUGAAGGGAAAUUACAUGGAGGUGCGAAGUAUGGAACACCAUGAACGCAGGGAGUGUGACAUGGGAAUGCCUGGAAACAGCCAGGGGUCAGUGGCAGAGAUUUCCACCAUUGCAAAAGAGGUGGAUAAAGUCAAUCAGAUAAUUAACAACUGUAUAGAUGCUCUAAAGUCAGAAUCCACCUCUUUUCAAGGAGUGAAAUCUGGAGCAGUGUCGACAGCAGAGCCUCAGCUCGUACUGAUAUCAGAACACCCACAGAAUAAGUCCGGCCUUCUGUCACCAGUGUACACGGACAGCUACCAUCAUUCUCUGCAGAGGCAUCGGACCUCUGACGUCUCACCAAAGAGGCCCAGCACUGCCACAGGAGGGCCCAUGCGAAGCCCCAGGCCUUAUCGCCCUGAAUCCAAGUACAUAGAGAAAACCUCCCCAACAGGAGAGACCAUCCUCACUGUAACACCUGCUGCCACCAUCCUGAGAGCUGAGGCGGAGAAGAUCCGUCAGUACAGUGACCACCGGCACUCGUACCCCGAUGCUCAGAUAGAGGAGCUCGAAGGACCUGACGGCCACAAGUCCUCCAUGCUGGAGCCUCUCACUCACUCCCGCUCCAGAGACUUAGCAUAUUCCCAGCUGUCAUCUCAGUAUCACAAUCUAAGCUAUUCCUCCAGUCCCGAGUACUACUGCAAACCUUCACAUAGCAUCUGGGAGCGGUUCAAACUCCACCGAAAACGGCACAAAGAUGAUGAGUACAUGGCUGCAGGGCAUGCACUGCGUAAGAAAGUCCAGUUUGCAAAGGAUGAGGACCUGCACGAUAUUUUAGACUACUGGAAAGGUGUGUCAGCCCAACAGAAAUCAUAACCACUUUAGAUGUUUUUAAAAUGGACCACACGUUGCAGAAAUGACACAAGAACUUCAUCUGACUAUUGAAUCAAUGGAAACUUCCAUAUUAUAAUCAACUACUCACUCGCGUGUAUAAAAUUCUGUUUUCGACUGUGAGAAAAAUGGGGUAAACAUUCUUUAAAUUUG